CCGUCCCCUUAAUCCUUUUCUCUCACCCCCACCCCCACUACUCCCUCACAUUGACUGGUGUCCUGGGCCUUUAAGAGUUGAAUGGGCUGGACUGAGAAAAGUGCUCCCACCUCUCACCACCCUACUCUUCCCUGGAACUGUAACGCUGCCAGUCACAGAAGCAGACUGCAGUAGAGGAGGGGAGGAAGCAGGCGAGCGCAGAGGAGAAAAGGAGCCAGGCUGGGAUCUCUAACCCCGCGGUGGAGAGCAACGCAGAGCUCAGGAGGGCACAGCUCACAGACACGGGACUGCUCUCCUGCCCACGUUUUUGUCCUGUGUCAAUCACUCCUUUUAAGAAGAACCUCUUAGCUAUCCAGGGCCAGGAGUGCUGACUCUAGCCACUUCUCAGAGGUGACUCUGGCGCCAACUGGUGGACCAGCGAGUGAUGGCGUCCCUGAUACAAGAUCGUCUGACCACCGAUGAGGACCUGCAGCUAAUGCAAGAAGGCAUGCUGAUGCGCAAAGUGAGAUCAAAAAACUGGAAGAAGUUAAGAUACUUCAGACUUCAGAAUGAUGGCAUGACAGUCUGGCAUGCACGUCAGGCUGGGGGCAGUGAAAAGCCCACCUUCUCAAUCUCUGAUGUGGAGACAGUGCGUAAAGGUCACGAUUCUGAGUUGCUGCGCAGCCUGGCAGAGGAGUUCCCCCUGGAGCAGGGCUUCACCAUUGUUUUCCAUGGCCGCCGCCCCAACCUGGAUCUGGUAGCCAACACUAUUGAGGAGGCCCAGAACUGGAUGCGAGGACUCCAGCUAUUGGUGGACCUUGUCACCAGUAUGGAUCACAAGGAGCGGCUGGACCAAUGGCUGAGUGAUUUGUUCCAGCGUGGAGACAAAAACCAAGAUGGUCGGAUGACUUUUGAAGAAGUUCGGCGGUUGUUGCAUCUGAUGAAUGUGGAAAUGGACCAAGAAUAUGCCUUCGGUCUUUUUCAGGCAGCAGACAAGUCCAGGUCUGGGACUCUAGAAGGAGAAGAAUUUGUACAUUUCUAUCAGGCAUUGACUAAGCGAACUGAGGUGCAUGAAAUGUUUGAAAACUUUUCGGAUGAUGGGCAGAAACUGACCCUGCUGGAAUUUGUGGAUUUCCUUCGAGAGGAGCAGAAAGAAAAAGAGAGAGCUUCUGACCUUGCUCUGGAACUGAUUGACCGCUAUGAGCCUUCAGACAGUGGCAAACUGCGGCAUGUGCUGAGCUUGGACGGCUUCCUCAGUUACCUCUGCUCGAAAGAUGGAGACAUCUUCAACCCGGCCUGCCUUCCCAUCUACCAGGAUAUGACUCAACCUCUGAGCCACUACUUCAUUAACUCCUCUCACAACACCUACCUAGUUGGGGACCAGCUUUGUGGCCAGAGCAGCGUCGAGGGAUAUAUACGGGCUCUAAAACGGGGGUGCCGCUGUGUGGAAGUAGAUGUAUGGGAUGGACCUAAUGGGGAACCCAUGGUUUACCACGGACAUACCCUGACUUCUCGCAUCCUGUUCAAAGAUGUUGUGGCCACAGUUAAACAGUAUGCCUUCCAGGCAUCAGAGUAUCCACUCAUCUUGUCCUUGGAGAAUCACUGCACUUGGGAGCAGCAGCAGACCAUGGUACACCAUCUGACUGAGAUCCUGGGGGAGCAGCUGCUGAAUACCACCUUGGAUGGGCUGCUACCCAUUCAGCUUCCCUCGCCUGAGGAGCUUAAAGGGAAGAUCCUAGUGAAGGGGAAGAAGUUAGGAACACUUGAGGAUGAUCUUGAAGACGAGGAAGAAGAGUCAGAGUCCCAGCUGGAGAGACAGCUGGGGUCAGAACUGCCGCUGGAGUCUCCCUCUGAGCCCCAGACCCAGGAGCUGAGUCGCCUGAGUAAGGACAAAAAGUCGAAGAAAUCCAGGUCUAUCUUGUGUCCAGCCCUCUCUGCCCUGGUUGUCUACUUGAAGUCUGUCUCAUUCCACAGCUUUACCCAUUCAAAGGAGAACUACCACUUCUAUGAGAUAUCGUCCUUCUCUGAAACCAAGGCCAAGAGCCUUAUCAAGGAGGCUGGCAAUGAGUUUGUACAGCACAAUGCCUGGCAGUUAAGCCGAGUGUAUCCCAGUGGCCUGAGGACAGACUCAUCCAACUACAACCCCCAGGAAUUAUGGAAUGUAGGCUGUCAAAUGGUGGCUAUGAAUAUGCAGACUGCAGGGCUUGAAAUGGACAUCUGUGAUGGGCUCUUCCGCCAGAAUGGCGGCUGUGGUUAUGUGCUGAAGCCAGAUUUCCUGCGUGAUACCCAGAGUUCCUUCAACCCCGAGAGGCCCCUCAGUCCUUUCAAGGCCCAGACUCUUUUAGUCCAGGUGAUCAGUGGUCAGCAACUCCCAAAAGUGAACAACACCAAAGAGAGGUCCAUCGUGGACCCACUGGUGAGAGUGGAGAUCUAUGGCAUCCGUACAGACACGACCUGCCAGGAGACCAACUACGUGGAGAACAAUGGUUUUAAUCCCUACUGGGGUCAGACACUGUGUUUCCAGGUUCUGGUACCUGAACUUGCUGUGCUGCGUUUUGUGGUUAAGGACUAUGACUGGAAAUCCCGAAAUGACUUUAUUGGUCAAUAUACCCUGCCAUGGACCUGCAUGAAACAAGGUUACCGCCACAUACACUUGCUCUCUAAGGAUGGCAUAAGCCUCCACCCAGCUUCCAUCUUUGUGUACAUCUGCAUUCGGGAAGAGGAAGAGGAGUCUGAGUCUGAUUUCUGAGAUACCCUUGUGCUCAAGCACAUUCACGGCACUGGAAACAAGUGUCUUCUAUGAGAUCAACUGUGGCUAGAUUCUAGGAUCCCUGGCUUCAUACCUGCUGGCAGCUCCUGGGAUGGAAGGCCCUGAACAGCAGAAAGUUCUCCCUGUGUCACAGCUCCAUGGCUCCGCUGAUGCUGCCGGAAGAGUUUGAUGUUGGAGCCCAUGAAGCUGCAAUGGCUGCAGUGGAAAGGAUAAUGGGCCUGCCGGUGCAGCUCCAUGCCCUGCUGGCUCCCAAAGAGUAGGGGGCAGCCCCGGAAAGAACAUGGCACAGGAACUGCUCUGUGGGUCUGCCUCAGGUGCUGCUGCAGACCUUUGCGAUCUUCAGCAGAGAACACACAGCCAGACUCCGGGCAGGAGAAGGUGUCGGGAGUGGCCCGGUGAAUCUUGAAGUGGUUCUUCAGGGCCUGUGGUUGGGCAAAUUCCUGUCUACAUACAGGACAUGAUAGGGGGCUAUCUGUCAGGCUUUGGCCCUGCAGAGCGCCAUGGAGGGUGAGGUUGCUGGAGGGCAGUUCUACAGAGCCUGGGGGGCUAGACAGGCCCUGCACAGGCUGUAUGUGGGUCUCACUGCACUGAUGCAGGGACAGCAGAGUGGGCUCUGCGAAGCUCUGUUCACAGUGCUCACAGAAGUACACCUCCACCACCUUUACCAGGACACCUGCAGGCAGAGGACCGACAGAGAAAGGCAUAGAAUCAGAGAGAACAAGACUCAUAGGAGUUAGUACUAGUAGAAAUGUAGGCAAAUCUAUUCAUAUUCACUGAGUGCAGUUGGACUUCAAGUCCAGCUCUGCGGACUAUAACCCCAUAGAUCAGGAUCUGUUUAUCUGGUACAUGUGUUUAGAUUCCUAGUAUCUAGCAUAAUACCUGGCACAAGAUGGUGCUUAAUAAAUGUGUUAAAUGAAUGAACAAACAUCAAUGUAAUCUAGGAAGCAUUAAGGUGUAAUAAAUUAGAAAGUUCCAAAAGAGAACAAAGACAAACUACAGAGGAUAUCUGCAAUAUAACUGCAAUAAAUGACAAAGUCUCACUUUCAAAUUCUGUGAUUUUCAAAGGCCCAAGAAUUUACAAAAUGGAGACCAUCCUUUCUGAGAUGAGCCAAAUCAUGUCUGCAAUAAUUGCUACCAUUUUUAAAGCAAUGGACAGGGUCUUAAUAUCACCAUCUUUUGGUCCUCUAACCUCUCUAUAAGAAGGAGGACCUGGGAUUCUGCAAAGCUAACGCCACCAUACUUCUUAGUGGUAGAGCCAUGACUUGAGCCCAGGCCUGUCCUGUGGGUCCUUUUUUCCUUAUUAUUACUUUUAAUUGUUUUUAAAAAAGUUCAAUGCAACAAUUUAAAUGAUGCAGAAGUAUACAAAGAAAUAACCACCCCCAUAGUCUGGUCUCUCUUUUUUGGUACUAGGGUUUGAUCCCAGGGACACUUAACCACUGAGCCACAUCCCCAGUUCUUUUUAUUUUUUAUUUUGAAACAGGGUCUCACUAAGUUGCUUAGGGCCUUGCUAAAUUGCUGAGGCUGACUUUGAACUUGCAAUCCUCUUGUCUCAGCCUCCUGAGUACAGGUGUAUGCCACCACACCCAGCUUCUUCUAGGGCUGUUUUUGGUCAUUACCCUACAAUUUGAUUUUUUUUUCUUUUUUCAUUUGCUGUAUAACAAAGACAUUUUUAUCUAUGAAUAAAUCUGUUUCAUAUUUCUGUCCUGUUCAUGGAAUUUCAGAACACAGAUAAACCAAAAUGAAAUUCUUUCUUGAUGGCAGAUGAGAUGUUUCCAACCAGUAAAAAUAAAGCUGCUCUACACAUUCCCA